GGCUAGCCCAAUAAUGUUUUGCUACACACACAUCACAUCAAAGAAUAUGAAUUGUAUUUGCCUUUUGUAGAUAGAGUAAUACAGACCACCAGUGGAUUAUCACUGGGUUCUCUAAUCCACUGGCUCUCCAACAUACACUGCAGAAAAGGAAAAAGGAAUUUUCGCAAUGGCAACAGCCUCGGCAACAUUCUCACCAGCCAUGUUGACCACCACAGCCACAGUUGCUAAAUCUGGGAGGAAACCAGCAAACCAAGUCCACUAUAUUUCAGGGCUCAACUCAUUUUCUGGACUCAAAGCUCAUAACACUGUUGCCUCUCUUGGUCUUCCUCAGUGCACUGACCAGUCCUUUGCCAACGUAGUGAGCUCCUUGAGAGCUCCUUCACAGAACCGAGGCAGAGGUGGAGGUGCACUCUCAUCUACCUGCAAUGCAAUUGGUGAGAUUUUCAAGAUUGCAGCAAUCAUGAAUGGACUCACUCUUGUUGGAGUUGCAGUGGGAUUCGUUCUUCUUCGAAUCGAAGCCUUCGUGGAGGAGUCAGCUGAGUGAGAAUUCUCAGAUACCCUUUAGUUGGUUUUAUCAGUUGUUUAUCAAGAUUCUAUCUGUGUAUUAUUUCAUUUUCAUGUGAUGUAACAAUGGCUUUAUAUUUUCUUCUUC